AUGGCUGACCUUGAUACCUUGAAACAAGAGCUUCUCAACAUCCAGAAUGCCUUCUACCAAGGACAGUAUGAGCAGGUAGUCGACUUCGACACCUCGUCCUUCUCCUCUGAAAACGCUCUCGCCGCCCGUGUUCUAAAGCUGCGCGCUCAGAUUGCCGUCGGGCAGAGUAAAGAAGUCCUAAAAAGCCUAGGGGCCAAGCGGGACACACCAGAGUUGGAUGCGGUUGCGGCGUUGGCACAGCAUGCGUCUGGAAACGAAGCAGAGGCCUUGAAGCUGGCUGAAGACCUGGCGGCCAAGCAUGGGGAUAACGCGGCAGUGCAGGUGCUUGCCGGUCAAGUGCUGCAUGCUCAAGACAAGACAGCAGAGGCUUUGGCCCUGCUAUCAAAACACUCUGGAAAUCUAGAGGCUGUCGCUUUGAUUGUUCAGAUACACCUCCAGCAAAACAGGUCCGACCUCGCGCUAAAAGAAGUCCAGGCAGCUCGAAGGUGGGCGCAGGACUCACUGCUGGUUAACUUGGCAGAGUCCUGGGUGGGCAUGAGAAUGGGUGGUGAGAAGUACCAGGCUGCUUUCUACGUCUACGAAGAACUUGCUUCCGUCCCCAGUACAUCUUCUGCACUGUCGAUAGUCGGUCAAGCUGUGUCCGAACUGCAUCUGGGCCGUCUUCCAGAGGCAGAGGCUGCACUGCAAUCGGCCAUUCAGAAAUACCCCGAGGAUCCACAAGUACUCGCCAACUCGAUUGUAUUGAAUGCAAUCGGUGGAAAGGACAAAGAGGAAUUGAUAGCAAAAUUGAGCAAGGUUCAACCCGACCAUGCAUUCCUCACCGACCUGGAGGAAAAGUCGGCUCUCUUCGACACGGCUGCGGCGAAAUAUUCUGUCAAAGCCUAG